CAUCUGACAACCCUGCCCGAUUUUGACAGUCGCACCCUUCAUCCGAGCACGAAAGCUCGCUUCGUUCACAUUUAUGAUGGCAUUCGUCCGUUCUAAUCUUUUGGUCAGAUAUCAAAAUUCCGUGCUAGCGCAAAGGUUAUUUUCUUCAAUGUCCGACAAACGAGGACUGGUGCUCGGCGUUUACUCUUCCGACGAUCAGGAUGUAAAGUUUACAAAGUUUGCUUCAAAGUACAACGAGUCAACAGCUGGGAAGCUGCUAGAGCAGAUUAAAAUCUCCACUGUUAUGUUGUAAGAGCAAAAGCAAAGAAAAGCAAGAAACAAAUAUCAAACUAACAGUAAGAAACGCCCGAUUAAAGAAGCGACAAGGCGAGAAGACAGAUACAGAUUGAGAGUGAGCUCAGGACUCAUCAUCUGUACAGAAGAAUAAGAAAAAAAAAACAAUUCCAAAGAAGAAGAAGAAGAAGAAAUAAGUGAGGAAGCGCAAAAGUGCAACCGAAGCGAAAAUUGGCAUCGAAAUGACAACCCGCAGGCAGCUGUCGGAUGUGCAGUCCUCGUCGUCCAGUGGCGGUGGCGUCGGAGGCGGCGGUGGAGGUGGUGGCUGUCUAAGUGACUCGCUAAUGUCUUCCUCGGGUAAGAAACGCAUUACGGCCCUGAAUGGCAUUCCCACCAGCAUCGACGACAAGAGCAACGACUUUUUGUGUCCGAUUUGCUUCGACGUCAUCACCGAGGCACACAUAACCAAGUGCGGCCACACGUUCUGCCAUCACUGCAUCAUCAAGUCGAUAGAGGUCACGAAAAAGUGUCCCAAGUGCAACUACACGCUAACCUCGCACGAUUCCAUUGUGCCGAACUAUUUGCUCAACGACCUCAUCACCAAGUUCAAACUGAAGAAAAAAGGAACCGACUCGAGCAACACCGCGUCCGGGGAUUCGGCGGACACGCUGAAGCACUUUCUAGCAUCCGAAUCGAAGAAACUGUCGCUGUCGGACGUGAACGUGAUGCUCGAGAUACUGAACCAGCGGAAGUUGCUGCUGGAGGCGGAGUCUUGUGCUGCUCAAAACCGGUUAUUGCACGAGUUUCUCAAACAUCUGCUGCAGCAAAAGGAGCAACAGCAGCUGCAGGUCGCCAAUGAAAUCGCGUUGAUCAAGAACGACAUCACGGACGUGGAGAAGAUCCUGAAGGAAGUCCAGAGCAGCUGUCCCACGGUGGAAGAGGUGGAAAACAGCGUCAAAGACGAAAAGGACGAGCACGUUGUCGCGAUCAAGAAGGAGAUUAUACAAAUUAUCGACAAGAUCGACACCAUAACCGUCCCAUCGAAUCGCAGCGAAUCUUCCAACGAGGGUUUCAACCUGUACAAAAACGACCCCAGCUCGUCGUCCUUUAUGGCGCGGAAGCAGCGAAUGUACCAGCACUUUGAUGACUUUGUCCAGUGCUACUUUGCGGCCAGAAGUGAAGAGCUUUACUUUGGCAAGGAUCGAUCGCUCAGUUCCGGUUCGCUGGGCACCUCAACGCCGACACGUUCCAUCGAUACCACACGAUCAACGAAAUCGCUCGACACGUUUCGGGAAAAUCUCAUCAAAUUUUCCAAGUACAGCGCGUUGAGACCGUUGGCCACGCUGAACUACUCGUGCGAAUCAAACUACGUCUCGACGAUCGUGUCCAGUAUUGAGUUCGACAAGGACAGCGAAUAUUUCGCCAUCGCCGGCGUCACGAAACGGAUCAAGAUCUUCGACUAUUACAGCGCCAUCCGGGACGCUUCGGUCGACAUCAACUACCCUAUCAACGAAAUGGUUUGCAAUAGCAAAAUUUCGUGCGUGAUAUGGAACAACUAUUUCAAGGAGAUUCUCGCGUCCAGCGACUACGAGGGCAUCGUGUCCGUUUGGGACGUCAGCACCAAAACUCGAACGAAGGCCUUCGAAGAGCACGACAAGCGAUGCUGGUGCGUUGAUUUCAACGAAGUGGACACGCGACUGCUGGCGUCCGGUUCGGAUGACGCACGCGUAAAGCUGUGGUCACUCAACGUGGACCAUUCGGUCGCGACCAUCGAGGCCCGGGCGAACGUUUGCUGUGUCAAGUUUAACCCGAAGAGUUCGUGCCACCUGGCGUUCGGUUCGGCCGACCAUUGCGUCCACUACUACGACCUGCGUAACAUCAAAGAACCUCUGUGCGUCUUCCGUGGCCACAAGAAGGCCGUUUCGUACGUUAAAUUUCUCAACACCACGGAAAUUGUCUCCGCCGGAACGGACGGCCAGCUCAAGCUGUGGAACAUAAACUCACCGCCGUACUGUCUGCGCUCGUUCACCGGCCACAUAAACGAGAAAAACUUUGCCGGACUUGCGACCAACAACGAUUACCUUGCGUGCGGCAGCGAGGACAACUCGCUUUGCGUGUACUACAAGGGACUGUCGAAGCAGUUGUUCAACCUUAAGUUCUCCAACAAUUCCACCCGCUCCAUCUCGGACACCGAGCGAAGCUCCGAGGGAAACGACUUCGUGUCGGCAGUGUGUUGGCGGAAACAAAGCAAUAUUAUAAUUGCGGGAAAUAGUGAGGGUAUUAUAAAGAUCCUGGAAAUUGUGUAAUAAAACAUUUUUCGUUUAAAAUAAUUAAAAGAAACGGCCCCGUUGUUCAAGUUUAACAUGCGUUAAUUUGUUGUUUCUUCCUUUCACACAAACACAAGUGUAAGCCCCGGAAUGCGGUCACUUGUACAACACAAUUGAACAAACAAACAAACAAAAACACAAGUGAAGCCCCAAACGUUUAAAACGAUGUUAAUAAAGUGAUAGACUUACGAUAGAAAUGAGGCGCUUUAUUUUGUUAUACAUUUUUCGAAGACAUAAGAACAUUGAUAAUAGAAUUACGUUCUAGUGAGCUAAGUGUGUCCCCGAUUCCCUCAUUUGAACGAGGUUGAACUGAAAACUAAGUAAUAGUAAAAACAAUAGUUACAAAACAAACAUGGAUGUUGUCUUCAAAAGAAACGUAGCAGUGGAACUUAUCGUGCUAGCCAGAGUAGAUUGAUUGUCUAAAGUCGAAAUAAAAAAAAAUAUGGUGUCAAUGGAGUCAAUUAAAAACUGAAAGCCAACAGAGUUGAUAAUACUUGUAGCGUGUAACAACGGAAUAAAUAGAGACAACAAAUAGUUAACAAUGUAACGUGGAGUGAGUAGAGUUGAGAUAAGGCAAGGUGUGAACUUAUUUACAAUCUACGCGCGAGUCGUCUACACAGUCGGCCAACACAAAACAGAGAUAGAGCGGCAAACCGAGCUGAGCUGAAAAUAUUCGAAUCUACUACAUAUAUUUCCUAUUUUUCUAACAGACAGCAAAACAUAAAGAGUAAUACUUCAAUGUCGAUACCAUGAAUAAAAACCGUAAACCGACUGCACUGAACUAUUAAUAUUAACAAGAAGAAGA